UUGAAUUGGGGCUAUAAAUGGAAAAGACUACACAAAUGAACGAUGCGAUUAACCGGAGCGGGCUCUGUCAUCUUCGCCUCCUUCUACCACCGUUUUAGGGUUUACAGAGUCACACCCUUCUUUCUUCUCGCUCACCGGAGAUAAAGCUUUCGAUAACCAAUUAACAGUGCUUUUUGAAAUUCCCACAUUUUGAUAGGCAAAACGAUACAGUACAACACUGCAAUUACUUCUCAAGCUUCGUCUCUGUACGCCGCCGCAGCAAAAUAUUUCAACAUUACUGUUUGUGUUUGAAAUGGAAGAGGGCAAAGAAGAAAAUAAGGAGGGAUCUAAUUCUUCCGCGGCAAGGGUUUAUGAUUUUCCUGGAGAGCCUGCGAUUGUAAUUGAUGGAGUGCCUGAAAUAGUAUCCGGUAGCAGCAGCAGCGCUGUCCCUUCCAGCAGCAAUGCUUUGAGUAUCGUCGAACCACAUAGGAAAUUGGGUUUAGGCGAAUGGUUCGUGGGGAGGGAUGUUCAAAAAUUGUUUAUGGGACGUUAUUACUCGGGUAGAGUAACUGAGUAUGACAUGGAAUCUGGGUGGUACCAUGUUGAGUAUGAAGACGGUGAUUCUGAAGAUCUUGAUUGGCUGGAGUUGAAGGAAGUUCUCAGUCCUUUAGAAGUUGGAAUUUCACUCAAGACAAUGGCUCAGAGGGUUGUUCGGAAUAGUAAGAAAUCUAUUCCUAAAUCUGGGAAGACUGGUGCUCGUUCGCAAAAUCUUCAAAUCAAAACAAAGAGAACAAGAGGAAAUUAGAUUGACUGUACUUCAUUAGCAAGAAGAUUUAAUUGAAAAUUUAGGGUUUUGUAGAUAUAUAUGUCAAUUAUAAAGCAAGGAAUUGAUAGAUUUGAAAAUGAUCAGCUGAAUGAGCAAUUAGGAAAUUUGUGGUUUUGUAGAUAGGGACGAUUUGUUCCCUAGGAAAAUUUGUUGCUAUAUGAUUGAUAUUAUGUUGUAACCGGGGAAUUAAAUUGGUAUAAUGACAUCAACAAUAUUUGAUA